UAAAACACCAGAGCUGCUGGUUUUGGUUCAGUGAAUCCGACAUCAUGGUGUCAGAGAAAGACUUGUUUGUGACGGCUGCUGUCCUUGUUGUUGCCCUCAUCUCACAGAGUGAGGGUAUAAUUGGGGGCAGGGAGGCAGCGCCACACUCUCGGCCCUACAUGGCCUCCAUCCAGAUGCCAGAAGGAGAGAAAAUGAUCCAUGAAUGUGGAGGGUUUGUGAUUGCAGAUCAGUGGGUGAUGACUGCAGCCCACUGUCUGCCAACCGGGCCAAAUGGAAGGAUAGUAGUGUUGGGAGUCCAUUCUCUGAGUGAACCUGAAGAGACACAGCAAACCUUUGACAUUUUGGAACUUCACAACCACCCAGACUUCAGCGUGUCAAAUUAUGAUAAUGACAUUGCUUUAAUUAAGUUGGACCGCCCAAUUAAUGUCUCUGAAGCGGUCAAAGCUGUGGAAUUCCUGCGUGCAGGCGGCGUGAACCCUGACACCAAUGCAGAGGUCGACACAGCCGGCUGGGGAUCCCUAGACAACCUGGGGUCCAGGCCAGACAAGCUCAAAGAGGUGGUCAUUGAGGUGAUGAACCCAGCUCGGUGCAAACGCGGUGACUACUUUGGCAGGAAGUUCACUGAUAACAUGAUAUGUGCACACAAAGUAUGUCCUGACCCCUGUGAUCAACCAUACAAGAAGGAAGACAGUUGUGAUGGUGACUCUGGAGGUCCUCUGCUCUACAAUGGUAUUGUAGUGGGCAUUACGUCAAACGGAGGAAAGAAGUGUGGUCUUAUUAAAAAGCCUGGAAUUUACACCAUCAUCUCCCAUUACACGGAGUGGAUUGACAACACCAUGGCAGUGCAGCCAACAUUAGAACCACCUUAACAAAUAAAGGAGAGCCGUUUUUAUCUGCAGCCAUUUCAACCACUGCUUUGUCUGAGUCACUAAUUACUCUACUUAGAUAUGAAGCUGAUGCACCCAUAGGACAUUAUGUUUCUUUGUCAUUUGCAUCUAAUGCAUAGUUACAGAGAUAAAUGUCCAGCAUGAUGAUCAACACAAAUGAUAUAUUUCACAUCAUUUUAUCAAAUCACUGUAUAAAAGUAUCAAUAAAAUACAGUUUAUCACUUUCAAGUGUCA